GUCUCCAAUUCCCUCUUUCCCUCUCCACUAAAGCCAUAGCUUUGUUACACUACUACUCUUGAGUCUCCUCCGUACUUGGUCACUACUGGUCUCCUCCAUCGCAACCCCUUCUGGUCGUUGAAGUUAUUGCAGUCUCGGAACAAAGUGUAGGCAUGGAAGCACCCGAGUAUUUCCGGGGCGGCUUUUGCUCCCAAUUCACGUCCUCCGAUGCCAAGACCGACCAUUUCAUCGUGGAGGACCUCCUCGACUUCCCCCACGACGACGACGCUCUCAUCACCGACCCUGCCUUCGACUCUCUUCCCACCGAUUCUUCCAUUCUAAUUAACUCCGUCGAUACCUCCAAUUCCUCUUCAUUCUCCGGCUGCGACCCCAAUUUCAACCCUCACAUUUCCUCUCGAAAUUUGCCCGACCCAUAUUUCUCCAGCGACCUCUGCGUCCCGAGCGAUGAUAUGGCAGAGCUGGAAUGGCUCUCGAACAUUGGGGAGGAAUCAUUUUCGAGCGAGGACCUGCAGAAACUGGAGCUGAUAUCGGGCAUAAAAGCCCGAAACGAGGAAGCAUCAGAAAGCCGCGAGUUGCAGCACCCCGAGGAAACAAACCGUAACAACGUCAUGCUCAACCGCCAAGUGUCGGUUCCGGCGAAGGCUCGCAGCAAGAGAUCCCGCGGGCCACCAUGCAACUGGACCUCUCGCCUCCUCGCCCUUUCUCCCACAUCAUCGUCUUCCGAACCCGACAUCGUCCUUCCCACCCAGCCGGGAAAGUCGGUGACAAGGAGAAAGGAGAACGGCGACGAAGGGUCCGGGGAGGGACGGAAAUGCCUGCAUUGCGCGACGGAUAAGACGCCGCAGUGGAGGACGGGGCCCAUGGGCCCGAAGACGCUGUGCAAUGCUUGUGGGGUAAGGUACAAGUCGGGGAGGUUGGUGCCGGAGUACAGGCCGGCGGCGAGCCCGACGUUCGUGCUGACGAAGCACUCGAACUCACACCGGAAGGUGCUAGAGCUCCGAAGACAGAAGGAGAUGAUGAGGGCCCAGCAGCAGCAGCAGCAGCGGUUUCUCCAACAUCAAAACAUGAUGUUCGAUGUGUCCAACGGCGACGAUUACUUGAUCCACCAAGACGUGGGCCCAGAUAUCAGGCAGCUCAUCUAGAAAAAGUGCUAGAGUAGGACAUGUUACCAUGGACGUUCAGGUUGAACUAGCAAUCGAUCACAACAGUUAUUUCAGUUCAGCCUCUUUUCCUUAAUUUUUCCCCCUUUUGCAUUUUAUUUUGCAAGGGAUUGUUUUUUCCGUUCCCUAAUUAACUCAUAACCUCGUUUCCUUAAUUUUUAUGUCCUCGUUUAGCUAGGCCAAUAUGGGCAUACUCCGUGAACUCCAAAUUUUCCUAAAUGUAGUUUUCUACCUUUUUAU